ACUGUUUCUUUACCUCAACUUCAUCUCCUGAGACAGAUCUCUUUAAGCAUGUUGAAAGACUGUGGCAGAUGGAUGCGCUACCCUGGCGCAAUGAGAAGACCAGCACCAGAUCCAAACAAGACCGUGAGGCAAUCGAGCUCCUUGAUGCCAAGACGGUCAGGGUUGAAGUAGAUGGGGUAAAGAGAUAUGCCACUCCUCUGUUGCGGGUCAAAAAUAUGCCACAGCUGAAAGCUCCCAAAGAGGCAGUGAUCUCACAGCUGAGAGCUACAGAGAGGCGACUGGUUAAAAAUCCAGAACAAGCAGUUGCUUACUCAGCAGAAAUCCACAAACUGGACCAAGCAGGCUAUGCUGUUAAGCUGGAUCAGCAUGCUGAACAGGACUCUGCUUACUCAUGGUAUAUCCCACACCAUAUUGUCCACCACAAUGGGAAAAACAGAGUAGUUUUUAAUUGCUCCUUCAAUUAUCAGGGCCAAAACCUCAACGAGCUGUUGCUCCCAGGGCCAGUACUGGGACCGUCUCUACUAGCUGUUCUGCUCCGAUUCCGGGAACACUCCAUUGCAGUCAGCAGUGACAUACGUGGGAUGUUCCACCAGGUCAGGUUGCUCCCAGAGGACAGACCACUGCUGCGUUUUCUCUGGCGAGAUCUCAAGGUACAGGAACAACCUAAUGUUUUUGAGUGGCAGGUCCUUCCCUUUGGGACCACCUGCAGUCCCUGUUGUGCAGUGUACGCCCUUCAAAAGCAUGUCCUUGAUCACAGCAGACCUGAAGAAGAUGUCAGGCAUUCAGUCUUGAAGUCCUUUUAUGUCGACAAUUGCCUGCAAAGCUUCACUACGACGGAAGAAGCUAAAAGCUUCGUCGACAAACUCAGGACCUUACUGGCAGAUGGUGGUUUCGAAUUGAGACAGUGGUCUAGUAAUCAGCCAUCAACCAUAAAACACCUGCCCUCAGAGUUGAAAUCGGCCAGUGCCGAGCUCUGGAUUUCUCAUGGCAAGACAGAUACGCAAGAAUCUGCUCUGGGACUGCUUUGGAACCAUCAAACAGACACCAUUUCCUAUAGGUAUCGUCCCACAGAGAGUACUGAGAUCACUAUGCGUAACAUCUACAGAACACUGGCCAGUCAAUAUGAUCCCCUGGGCUACCUCAUUCCAUACACCACCAGGGCAAAACUCAUAGUCCAACGCUUGUGGGACAAAAAAAGGGACUGGGAUGAUCCAAACCUUCCCCCUGAUCUAUUGCAAACUUGGACAGAGUGGGAGGCAGAGUUACCAUCUCUUUCGCACAUUGCCUUCCCAAGAUCCUACACUGGUCCGGCUAAAGACAAAGAAACAAGUCAGCAAGACAUCCACAUCUUUUGUGAUGCCUCUGAACGGGCAUAUGGUUCAGUUGCUUAUUUAAGGACAGAAGACCAGCAGGGGGAUGUGGAGGUCUCUUUCCUUACAGCCAGAUCAAAAGUAGCUCCCAAAAAACAGCAGUCCAUACCCCGCCUAGAACUCUGCGCUGCGCUAACUGGUGCUCAACUGGCCAAAGUUGUAAGUUCUGAGUUAACCUUGCCCAUUCAUCACAUCACUUUGUGGACUGACUCAACCACCGUCCUUACCUGGCUCAAGUCUGAGUCUUGUAGAUUUAAGGUCUUUGUCGGCACCCGAGUGGCAGAGAUCCAAGAUCUCACGGAUCAGCACACAUGGAGAUUUGUGCCAUCCUCCAGUAACCCGGCUGAUGACAUCACGCGGGGACGAACAUUGAAUGAGCUUGGUCCAGACAGCCACUGGUAUCAGGGACCAUCAUUCUUAAAAGGCUCUCCCAGUUCGUGGCCUGAAACACCACCUCCUGUGGAGGUAAAUGGAGAUGAGCUGCGCAAAACAGGUUUGUGCACACUUGCAUACUUCACGACCAGCACAUCAGUCCUUAACCCUGAUCGUCAUAAGACUUUCCAAGAGUUGAUAGAGUCCAAGGCUUCUCACGGGGCGGCCGCCUGCAGCCUGACAGCUAGUGCCUACAGAGAUGCUGAAGUCACUCUUCUACAACAAUCCCAACAAGAGUCUUUCCCCUUAGACCUUGAACAGUUAAGGGCUGGUAAAAUUCUCUCUCAUAACAGUCGCUUAAAAGCUUUGGCACCUGAACUUGACAGUGAGACCCAGCUAAUUCGAGUUGGAGGUCGCCUACGUCACAGUCCCUACCUUGAGCAAGACACUGUACACCCCAUCGUUCUUGAUCCAAAGCACCCAAUCACACAGCUCAUCAUACAAAGUUAUGAUGCCAAACUCCACCACCCAGGAUAUGAGAGAGUAUUUGCUGAACUUCGACGCAAGUACUGGAUUCUCCGUGGUAGGGAAGCUGUUAAGCGGUUUCAACGGAGCUGUGUAGAGUGCCAGAAAUGGAGGAAGAAUCCAGAGAUCCCCAAAAUGGCAGACCUACCUCCAGCCAGACUACGCUUAUUCCGACCUGCAUUCUAUUCUACAGGUAUGGACUGUUUCGGCCCUUAUACUGUCAAGGUUGGUAGGAGGACUGAGAAGAAAUGGGGUAUCAUUUUUAAGUGCUUAACCACUCGAGCAGUGUACAUUGAUGUUCUACAUAACCUUGAUGCUGACUCUUUCCUCAUGGCCCUCCGACGCUUCACUGCCAGGCGCGGAACCCCCUUUGAACUCAUAUCAGAUCAGGGUACCAAUUUUAAGGGAGGAGAAAGGGAACUCAGAGAAGCCUUUGCAGCCCUUGCCCCUGAACUUCAGGCACAUCUAGCCAGACAACAGAUUGAAUUCCGUUUCAACCCCCCAAAUGCUCCUCACUUCGGAGGUUGCUGGGAGCGAGAAAUACGUUCUCUCAAGCAAGCACUGACCGCCACCAUCGGAGCUCAGUCAGUAACCUUUGAAGUGCUACAAACGGUGUUAGUGGAGAUUGAGGGAAUUCUAAACUCAAAACCCUUGGGUUAUACUUCCUCUGACAUUGCGGACCUAGACCCCAUCACUCCAAACUCUCUCUUGAUGGGGCGGCCAGAUUCCACUCUACCUCCAGUGGUAUACCCAGAGUCUGAGCUUAUAAGCAGGCGGCGAUGGCGCCACAGCCAAGUUCUUGCAGACCACUUCUGGAGACACUUCCUGAGGUUUUACCUUCCUGGUCUGCAAACCCGUCAGAAGUGGCAAGGGGACAUAUCUGACAUUCAAGUUGGCACCACAGUGAUGAUCGUCGACCCACAGUUGCCUCGAGCACUUUGGCCAGUGGGACGAGUGUCAGAAGUCUUCCCUGGGGCUGACGGCAGAGUGAGGACAGCUAAUAUUAAGGUGGGCGAAAAGACAUACACACGCCCAAUAGCACGUAUUAUACAAUUGCCUAGCAUUUCUGAGUAAUGUAAGAUUGUACACCAAUAUGUUACUUAGAGGCCCUUUUUGUAAUUGUACAGAUUCUGUCCCCAGAAUCUGGGGGCGGCUGUUAAAAAGGCCAUUAUAUUCAUAAGAAUAAUAUGCCUUUUGAUUUAAAUCUCUCUGUUUUGCCGAGAUUGAUUGGCACGCAGCAUUCAGCACAGCAGCCAAUCAGCGCUCACGGAUCGACGUGCAGGCGAUCAUCCCGCCCAUAGCGCUUAGUGCAAAGUUGAAAGCGAGUCCGGCGGAGCGCUGACGCGGAUGCUGAACUUUUACGUUAUAUAUCUUAUAUAGUUUUAUUCAUUGUUCGGGUGUUGUGCGUCUAUUCAAAAAAAACCACACACACACAUACUGAAUAUACCCAACUAAGACGACUCUUCAACUUUUUACUAAUAACUGAGUUGUUGUGGUGACAAAUAAACGGGUUACUCCCAUAUUUCAAC